CAUCAAUAGUGGCUUUGACUAACUUCCUUCCAUUAGAGCUGUGAGUCCCGGAAGUUGUGUUUUUCUGUAUAACACGUGGGUGCCGGUACCGGAGAAUGAAGCUGCUGACCCAUAAUAUGCUGCGCAGUCACGUGACCGGUGUGACCCGUGGGUUCCCUCUGCUAAUAAGGGCAGAGGAGGUCAAAUUAAGUUCUGUGGACUUCAACCGAGAUUUUGUUGCACGUAUGAUUCCCAAACUAGAGUGGGGUGCGUUUGUUGAAGCGGCAGAUAGUCUGGGCCAUUCAUCUGAUUUGCCCCGGGAGCUGCAGACUGGGUAUGAGGACAAUGAAGACUUCUUAAAGAAGGUUCAUCAUGUUCUGUUAGAGGUUGAAGUCAUUGAAGGAGCUCUGAAGUGCCCAGAAUCUGGGACAGAAUUCCCCAUAACCAGAGGGAUCCCAAAUAUGCUGAUUAAUGAGGAGGAAUCUUAACAAGCACCGUUCCUUCCAUCUGUAUAUAUUGUUACAUAUCCCUGUAUACUGUUUGUUUUCAAUAAAUGUUUUUGGUUGGUCCUCUGAGAAGUCUAUUACAGUACAGGUAUAAAAAGGGGGUAAUCUGUAUUAAAGCACAAAAAUAAAUGCUCUGAUGUGUUGUACACUAUUGCUUAAAUAUAAAUGUGCGUUACCGAUGCAAUUGGGUUAAAUGCACUACUGGGAGCUAGCUGAACACAUUGGGUGAGGCAAUGACAAGGGACGUGUGCAGCCACCAAUCAGCAGCUAGCUCCCAGUAGAGCAGUAUUACUCCUGAGCCUAUCCUGUAUUCUUUUCAAUAAAGGACAGCAAGAGAACAAAAAAA